AUGCGAACCCGCAAAGGCGACCAAGCUGCCACAGCCGCAGCUGCAGCCACCAAGGCCACCGCGGCAUCUACACCUCGCGCUGCGAAGUCCACUACAGUCGCGAAACGCACAUCCUCCACCCCCAUCGCCCCAUCGAUAUCAGCAGAAGAAUUGCGCGCCGGAGCGCCCCUCUCGCCUGCUAUCCGGCUCCCUGUUCUCGCGACGAUGGGGUUGGCUAUCUCGACGGUCUUACAUCAACUCGCGACGCAGUUUGGGGAUGGGGGGGUAGGACAUGUUGCAAGGAGGGCGGAGGGGUGGGGGGAGCUUGGUGUGGUGGUGGGGUGGAGGUCGAUUGAGCUCGGUAUAGCUUGGUGUAAUGGGUACAGCGCUUCUGAAGUCGCUGCCCUGUCGCUGUUUUCUCAGGGACCGGUACUGUUUCUGCUCCACUACUUUUAUAACACCCGGGCGACGCCGACAAUUCUUUCUCUUGUGAUCACGAUACUCUCCACCACCCUCCCCAUCGCGCUCAUCCCGCCGCCUAAGACGCGCCGCACCACCGCUGAGGCGCCGGAAAUAGACGGGGGCGCGAAAAUCCUCACCACCCUCCUCGCGGCUUGCAUACACAGCCUCGUCCUCUCAAUCUCCUACGCCACAUUCCUCCCCACCACACUCGCAACACAGUUCAACAACCUCCCCUCCGUCGCCGCCGCACACUCAUCGAGUUUCAUCUCCCUCCUCCCUCUCACCCUGGUCUCCGGACUCGCAGCACGGUCGUUUAUCCUCGCGCCCUCGACCUCGAGUCUCUCAACCACGAAACCGGAGUUCGAUGCUGUGAGUUCGGGGCUUGGGGAGCAUGUUAGGUAUAACGUCUGCGGUUACAGUGAGAGGAUGAAAGAGGUGCUGAGGCGUACGGCCAUCCUGGCGUCGUUGGGGGGCGCGAAUACGUUUGCGCUCGUGAAGGGCAUUGAGGGCGUGGAAGCGUGCGGGGCAGUGGCGUAUGCGGGGGUUUGGGUGACGGCUGUUGUGGUGAGUGGGGUGGCGCUGGGGGUGGUGGGGGAUGUGGAUGUUUAGGUGGUUUGGGGUUGUGCUUUAUGGUGUUAUUGGUUUAUUAUGGGGUAUGGAGGUGGAUGUGUGCGUGGGGUGUUUAUUUGUGAGUUUUGUGGGAUGAAAAGGGGGGAUGGUGUGCGUUGAUAGCUUAUAGGUGUAUUGGUUUACUUUGGUGGGAAUAAAUAAUGUCAGGCUGUUGCAUUGUCCAUUCUACAGUCUAGAAUAGUGCUACCUGCUCAGCAGCUGUGUUCUGCCCCCGUCCAUCCCGUGGUGCCAUAUAUGAUACAGUGUCGAAAGAGCUACCAUAGCUGAAAAUCAACGAUUGCUCCCUAACGUAAAACCUUCACAACUACCACCAUCCAGAUCGGGCUGCGUCAUUACCCUCCCUCGCCGGUUUACGAACCGGAGCCAGAUUCGACCC